GCACCUAAAAGCGUGUCUGGGCAAUGGAGAUUCACCACCUAAAACUGGACCAUUCCCUUCUCUUUCUUUCGUUUUCAGCGCCACACUUCAUUGAAACUUCUUCAUCUUCAUCAUCAUCAUCAUCAUCAUCAUCAUCUUCUUCUUUGUCGAUUAUCACUCUGUUUUCGUCAUACCCGUUUUCAGAACACCAACCAGAGACAUGGGUCUGACACACAGAACUAUACUUUUUCGUCUUCUAUUCCCAUUCUUCUUCAUUCUCUGUCUCCUUACUCUGUUCUCACAUGCAGCGAGUUCCAUCACCCCACGCAAAUUGAUCAGAGACGGACCAGGCGGUGACACUUUACUCUCAGAUGAACUCAAUUUCGAACUAGGAUUCUUCAGUUUUGAUAAAAACAGCUCAUUGAGAUACGUUGGAAUUUGGUACUACAGGAUUCCCAGAGCAGAAUACAUAUGGGUUGCCAACAGAGACAAACCCAUCAAAGGCAGAGUAGGGGUUAUAACAAUUGGAAGCGAUGGAAAUUUGGUCAUCUUCGACGGAGAUAAGAAUCCAGUAUGGUCGAGCAACGUAUCGAACUCCAAGAAUAACACAGAAGCUGUUCUUCGAGAUGAUGGAAACCUUGUUCUUUCCGUCACGGAUGAUGAAAACGAAAUAUGGAGAAGCUUUGAUCAUCCAACCGACACGUUUCUUCCUGGUAUGACCAUACCGGUGGAUCCUUCGAAGGGUGAGAUUCGAUCUUUCGUGUCAUGGAAAUCUCGCACAGAUCCUGCUCGAGGACAUUUCUCAAUGGGAAUUGACCCACGAGCAUCAACCCAGAUAGUGAUUUGGGAAGGAGAAAAAAGGAGGUGGAGAAGUGGGUACUGGGAUGGCAGAAUAUUCACAGGAGUUUCAAACAUGACAGGAAGUUAUCUCUAUGGAUUCAGACUUAACACUGAUGGAAAUGGAGAAAGGCAUUUAGCUUAUACCCCAAUGAACAUCACUGACAAGGUGAGGUUUCAGAUAGGUUGGGAUGGAUUUGAGAGGCAAUUCAAAUGGAACGAGGGUGAGAAACAGUGGGUCAGAACACAGGAAGAGCCAUAUAACAAAUGUGAGAUUUAUAACAAGUGUGGGAGUUUUGCAGAAUGCAGUUUGGUUUCUCCAAUGAAAUGUGUUUGCAUAAGAGGGUUCGAACCAAAGGAAGUGGAUGAGUGGAAUAGAGGGAAUUGGUCUGGUGGGUGUAAGAGGAUGACACCAUUGAAGGCUGAGAGGAAAAAUAACAGUAAUAAUGCUAGUUCUGUUGCUGCAACAGAAGUGGAUGUUGAAGAAGAUGGUUUCUUGCAGCUGCAAUGCAGGAAGUUGCCUGAUUUUGCCAUCUUGGUGGGUUCUCAGGACAAGAAAGAUUGUGAAAGUUAUUGCUUGCAGGAUACGAAUUGUACUGCAUAUACUUCUGUUAAUGGAAUUGGAUGCCUGAUUUGGCAUGGCGAGUUACAUGAUAUUAAGCACUUUGUGGAUGGAGGAGGAAAUACACUCUAUAUUCGCCUUGCUCAUUCUGAUUUAGGUGAUGGCAAGAAGAAAAUCAAGAUUGUGAUCAUAUUUGCUAUCGUGUUGGGGUCAAUCUGCGUCGGGAUCUCUCUUUGGCUAGUGUGGAGGUUCAAGAGAAGAAAAGUUUCUGCAGUUUCAUGCUGUAAAACAAGCGAUAUUCCAGUUUUUGAUACUACAAGAAGCAAGAGCAGACAAGUUUCAGCAGAACUUUCAGGAUCAGCUGAACUGAGUUUGGAAGGUCAUGAACUAAGUGGACCAGAACUUCCAUUAUUCAAUUUUGAUUGUAUUGCAAUAGCGACAGACAAUUUCUCAGACGAAAAUAAGCUUGGGCAAGGAGGAUUUGGUCCUGUCUACAAGGGAAAGCUUCGUGGGGGCGAGCAAAUAGCUGUCAAGAGGCUUUCAAGAAGAUCUGGGCAAGGCCUAGAGGAGUUUAAGAAUGAGAUGAUGUUGAUCGCCAAAUUACAACAUAGAAACCUUGUUAGGCUUUUAGGAUGUUCCAUUCAAGGGGAAGAGAAGUUGUUGGUAUAUGAAUUUAUGCCAAACAAAAGCUUGGAUCACUUUUUAUUUGAUCCUAUCAAACAGCAACAACUAAACUGGACUAAGCGCUUUGAAAUCAUCGAAGGGAUUGCAAGAGGGUUGCUUUAUUUGCAUCGGGAUUCAAGACUCCGAAUAAUUCAUCGAGAUUUGAAAGCAAGUAACAUUCUUUUGGAUGAAGAUAUGAAUCCAAAAAUUUCAGAUUUUGGACUGGCUAGAAUAUUUGGAGGAGGUCAAAGUGAGGCAAAUACUACUAGAGUAGUUGGCACAUAUGGCUAUAUGUCCCCUGAGUAUGCAAUGGAAGGUCUAUUCUCAGUUAAAUCAGAUGUCUAUAGUUUUGGUGUAUUAUUACUUGAGAUUGUAAGCGGUCGCAAAAACACCAGCUUUCGUCAUUCCGAUGACUCAAGUCUCAUAGGAUACGCUUGGCAUCUUUGGAAUGAUCACAGAGCAAUGGAGCUUGUUGAUCCUUCGAUUCUCGAUUCGAGUCAGAAGACCAAGGUUUUGAGAUGCAUACACAUAGGGAUGCUGUGUGUGCAGGAUUCAGCAGCUCAUAGACCAACAAUGUCUUCUGUGGUGUUGAUGCUAGAAAGUGAAGCAGCCAAUCUUCCUUUGCCAAGACAGCCUUUGCUUACUUCCAUGAGAAGACGAUCAGAAGACAGAGAUUUUUACAUGGAAGGUCUUGAUGUUUCCUUGAAUGAACUUACAGUUACAAUGGUGGUAGGAAGAUAGAACUAUCUGCAUUUAACUUUCCUUUUGUAUCAGCUUUGUUUGCUUUUCACUUUCUCUCCAUGAACAAAAGCAGGUACAUAUAUAUACACACACACUAUAUUUCUUUUCCUUUCAUACUCUCCUUGUAACUGACUUCAAUGUAUAUAUUUAUCCAUUUUUGAGACUAUAUAUCAGAAUUUUGUGAGA